CAGGGCCCGAGUCCGCGCCGGAACUACAAGUCCCGUGAUGCCCCGCGCGCAGGCGCCGGCGCUCCCAUGGCAACGCGAGCGGAGGCGUCGGGCCUGCGGGAACGGCGGCCGCGAUGCCCGGGGAGACACUCUGGGAGAUCGCGCGGGCUGAGGUGGAGAGGAGAGGAGCGGGAAGCAGAGACGGCGGGCCGGACAGCGGGGAGAAGACCGUGUUCUUCCUUGGCAGCAAAGGCGGGGGAAAGACUACGAUUAUCCUAAGAUGUCUUGACAGGGACGAGCCCCCGAAACCCACCCUGGCCUUGGAGUACACAUACGGGAGGAGAGCGAAGGGGCACAAUGUGCCCAAGGACCUGGCUCACUUCUGGGAACUCGGGGGCGGCACGUCCUUACUGGACCUCAUCAGCAUCGCCAUCACGAGCGAGUCCGUGCGGGGCCUGCCGGGCUCUUCCCCGCCAUGUCCUCUCCCUAGGACAUUGUCCGUUGUUCUGGUUCUGGACCUCUCCAAGCCCAACGACCUCUGGGUCACCAUGGAAAGCCUGCUGCAGGCCACGCGGAGCCACGUGGACAGAGUGAGGGCGAAGCUGGGAAAGACCAACUCCAAAGCGGCCUCUGAGAUGAGGCAGAAGGUCUGGAGCCACCUGCAGAAAGACCACCCGGACCGCGAGCUGAUCGACCCUUUCCCGAUCCCCCUGGUCAUAAUCGGGAGCAAGUACGACGUCUUCCAGGACUUUGACUCUGAGAAGAGGAAGGUCAUCUGCAGGACGCUGCGGUUCUCGGCCCACCACCACGGCGCCUCCCUGCUGUUCACCAGCAAAUCCGAAGGCCUGUUGCUGAAGAUCCGUGGGGCCAUCAACCAGCUGGCCUUCGGCAUCGACAAGAGCAAAUCAGUGUGUAUGGAUCAGAAUAAGCCGCUGUUCAUCCCAGCAGGCUCGGACUCCCUGAGCCAGAUAGGCCCUCCCCCCAUCCCCGACGGCGACCUGGGGAAGCUGCGCGUCCAGACGCCCCUGGAGCUGUGGAAGAAGGUGUACGAGAGGCACUUCCCGCCCCAGAGCACCAGCACCCUCAAGGACACCAGGGACCCGGCCCGAGACCCGCAGUACGCCGAGAGCGAAGUGGACGAGAUGCGGGCCCAGAAGGACCAGGAGCUGGACCAGUACAAGAGCGGCUCCUCCAAGUCUUGGAAGCAGAUGGACCUGGACCCGUGAGCCGGUCCGAGCAGCGCCGAGUGUCCUGCCCCGCGCGCUGGAGGCCGCCGUGGCCCGUGGCCGGCGGCCCCGUGGGAGGCAUCGCGCUCCGGCCGGGGCCUGAAUAAAUCACCUCCGCGGCUGAGCGGGUCCGUCCUGG